AUGAGGAUACAAGUACAGAUCCAUAUUAGAACAUUAUAAUAGCGAUCCAGCUGCACGACUCUUCAAAUAAGUGAUGUUUAAUAAAGACAAUGUAACACAAUGAUUCAACAGAUGAUGGAUGCAUACCUGAUAUAUUCUCCACGUUUUCGAUCAUCCGCUCCACGUCACUGUUGAACUCAACGUUGUCGCAGCUGUCCGUGGGAGCUCAGGGAGCGAAGACGGAUCGGUCAUCUAUAUUACAAACCAGCACAUGGUUUUAAUACGUUGUUGGAGCACAGAAAGGAGACUGAGCAGAUUUACCAGUACGUCCUUGGUACAAGCUGACUAGCUGGACCCCAUUCAACAACCUGUCACCAAAUGACUGCUUCACGUAGCCUACCAAAAGUCGGGGAUGAUCCAAAUCCCAUCAUGUCCGUCCACCUGCAGACUCUCCUGGUUCUCUGCUGGACCUUCACACAGGGUGCGUGUAUGUACUCCAGCCCACACUGGGGGGAAUGGAACGACUCCCAGCUUCUGCCGACCAUCCAAAAGCUGAUGAAAGGAUACAACCGCUACCUCAGACCUAAUUUCAACGAGGGUCCUGUGGAGAUUGGGAUGAGUCUUGAUAUUGCCAGCAUUGAUGCCAUCUCUGAAAUCAAUAUGGACUACACUGCAACCAUCUUCCUGCGUCAGCGGUGGCGGGAUUCCCGGCUGGUGUUCCCCGGAAAUGAAAGCGUCAGCGUGGAUGGACGUCUGGUCUCUCUGCUCUGGAUCCCUGACACCUUCAUCCCGGAUUCCAAGCGCUCCUUCCUACAUGACGUCACUGUGGAAAACCGCCUCAUUCGCAUCUUCAGCAAUGGGACUGUUCUCUACGCUCUCCGCAUCACAGCUACUAUCGCCUGCAACAUGGACCUGACCAAGUACCCCAUGGACAGACAAGUGUGCACCCUGCAGCUGGAGAGCUGGGGCUAUAACCUGCAGGAUGUGGUGUUUUACUGGACCAGAGGGAACGAUUCAGUCAAGGGUCUGGACACACUGCGGCUGGCUCAGUACAGCGUAGAGACCUAUUACACAACAGUGUCAGAGGCUGUGUAUGAAACAGGACAAUACCCCAAGCUGGUGUUACAUUUUGCACUACGCAGGAACGUGCUGUUCUUUAUCUUGGAGACAUACGUUCCCUCCAUUCUGCUGGUGGUUCUCUCAUGGGUCUCUUUCUGGAUCAGCCAGUCCUCUGUUCCUGCCAGGACCUGCAUCGGAGUGACCACAGUCCUUACUAUGACCACACUAAUGAUGGGCGCCCGCACUUCCCUCCCUAAUGCUAAUUGCUUCAUCAAGGCCAUAGAUGUCUACCUGGGAAUCUGCUUCACCUUCAUCUUUGGCGCUCUACUGGAGUACGCCUGCGCCCACUUCUACACCAUGCAGAGCCACACUUUAGAGGAGCUACACAGGGAGCUUCUGAGGGAGUUACAUGAAUCCAGUGGGAAUGGCUCCAUCCCCAUCGUCACCUCCACCCAACCAAAGCAGUCUGUGGAGGUCAGCUCUGCUGUAGAGGAGCCCACAGAGCAGUCAGCCAACAGUGACACUAGAAACAACGAAGCAUUACAAGUCAAGACUCCAGAGCAGGGCUGCACCCUGUCGUCAGCGAAGGCUGCAUCACGUAGAGUCAUAUCCCUCUUGACUGUGGAAAAUCCACACAACAUUGAUCGCCACGCCCGCACAGUUUUCCCUACAGCAUUUCUGUUUGUCAAUAUCCUCUACUGGCUCUACUAUCUCUUCCUCUGAGAGCUGGUUUCUUGCUGCUGCAUUGCAUUUCAUCAACCUGAAGCUGCUCUACCUCCGUAUUUGGGACUCUAAAACCAGUCUCCACUGCCUGGACCUAAACUGAUAAUACAACCAUUUGGAAACCUACGACAGGUCUACUAAGUGAUGAAAUGCAGUUAGAUAGAACCAGUUUUUUCUUUGUAUCACACUCAAAAGCUAUUAUUGAUCACUCAUGGAUGCAAACUGCUAUCAUAUUAGCAUGUAAAACAACGAAUCAAAGCCUUUAUCUGUCUAUUUAUGGAGACUUCCAUCAAACAGAGGAUGGGUUUAAACAAAAGGCUGCAUCAGACUAUACUGUGCUGCAUUGAAAUGCCUUCAUUAACUGACUUAUGUUCUUUCUUUCUUUUUUUGCUUUCAUAGAUUGUAUGGAAUCAUAUUUAUA